UUUAUUUUUUUUUUUAAUUAUUCAUUUAGCAGCUGUGAUGGUCUGCGAGCUCAGUGUAUUUCUCUGUUUUAUGUUGCAGUGAUUGGUGGAGUUUGCGGAUAUUUUUGAGCAUGCAUUUCAUGGCGCAGUGGAGGGCAGUUAGUUUAUUCAAAUUUUACCAGGCUGGUUUGUAAAAAUCUCAACACAGGAAAAAAAAAAAAACAAAAAACCUUGAGCUAAUUUUGAUAGCAACAGACACGUGCCUGGGUAUGAUGCCACACAACUUACAUCUUAAGAAUUGAUCAGAGAUGCCUCGCUCCUUCAUGGUGAAGAGUAAGAAGGCGCACAGCUACCACCAGCCCCGCAGUUUGGAGGAUGACUACAGCAAGCUGGACACUAUACUGGCGCACAUAUGCUCAGAAGCAGACCGGCUCCCAGAGGACUCCGACAUGUCGGUGGACAGGUACUGCCCCUCUCCGGACAUCCACCUGGCUGACGAUGCUGACUUCUCCCCGAAGUCCCUGCAGAGCUGCGCCGACAGUCUGUGCGGUCGAUCCACGGACUAUGAGGACUUCUGGAGGCCCCCGUCUCCUUCUGCAUCACCGGUAGAUUCCGAGAAAUCCCUUUCUCCUCUGGUGGAUGAGAGCCAGCCCUUCACAGUACCCUUCCGGCCGUAUGCCUGGAGCAGCUACCCGGGGCCGGGGCUCAGGCCCGUGGUGCAGCAGGGCCUCCAUCCCAGCAUGGAGGUGGACAGGGACCAGGGGGCGAUGGCUUUCUACGGGGACAGGAGCACCCACCCGGCUCUGUACGCAGAGCGGACUCUGGCCGAGAAGUCUUACGGGGACUGGAGGCACGCUGCUGCGCUGCUGUUUCCUGACGGAGGCCCGCACGCAAAGACGCACAGUGUGAAGGCCCAGGCGGACCUGCUGCGCUCCAGCCUGGUCCUCAACGGCGCUUACAAGUGUGUCAAAUGCAGUAAGGUGUUUUCUACUCCUCACGGUUUGGAAGUCCACGUCCGCAGAUCGCAUAGCGGCACCAGGCCAUUCGCGUGUGAAAUAUGCGGCAAAACCUUCGGACACGCAGUCAGCCUGGAACAGCACAAAGCUGUGCACUCUCAGGAAAGAAGUUUCGACUGCAAAAUAUGCGGCAAAAGUUUUAAGAGGUCGUCCACUCUGUCCACGCACCUGCUCAUCCACUCCGACACUCGGCCAUACCCGUGCCAGUACUGCGGGAAAAGGUUCCACCAGAAGUCAGACAUGAAGAAACACACUUUCAUCCACACAGGUGAGAAGCCACACAAAUGUCAGGUGUGUGGGAAAGCGUUCAGCCAGAGCUCCAACCUGAUCACGCACAGCCGGAAACACACGGGAUACAAACCCUUCGGCUGCGACCUCUGCGGCAAAGGUUUCCAGAGAAAAGUGGACCUGAGGAGGCACAAAGAGACGCAGCACGGACUCAAGUGAAGGGGAACGAACCGCCAUCACUGCACCAAAUCACCUGACUUUAGAGUCUGUCAAGGAGUGAUCUGACAAAGACAUUAUAAACAGAAGACAAUUGCGCCUUUUAUCCCAAUCGCCCCACUUGAGGACGUUUUUUUCGACCAAGAUCCACUUUUAGUUUUGUAAAAACGUAACGUGAAAGUGUAUUGGAAAGAUAUAUGAUUAUCUCGGCCGAGAAGCAGAUGAUUUAUUUAUUCUACUAAGGAAAACGUCGACUUUACGCUUAAACGAACGAACUUCUUCUGACGGAUAUUUUACAGGUUGAAGGCACCAACAACACUAAUUAUUUUACCAUCUUACUGCAGGUUGUUCUAAAGGUCCAGAGAACCAGAGAUAAGCUGUGAACAGUCAGACAUGCACACAUGAAGCAUGAUAAAUUCGUGGUGUGAUAAGAAUCUGCCUCUGAGGGCAUCAAAUAUUUGUACUCACACUUAAAGAACCGGAUCGGCAGUAAAGCCAACAGAGAUGAAAAUCUGCGUUCUGUUUUCAGUUUGAAAAUCUGCUGGCAAAACAGUCUCCUCAGACUGUGUGAUUUAAUAAACAGGAGGGUCACUGUGGGGCUGCUAGCGUCUGCAUUCCCAUUUUGCACAUUUUAUUGUCGGAAUGAACCUUUUUUAUUUUAAACAUACAUUUCCCCCCCCAGACUCUUUUACUUUCUGCUUGGUUUAUUGAAAUUAAAAAGCAAUAAAGUCUAAUAGUGGAAUAACCUAAGAUGGCUUCUUUUAUUUUUCCAAAUGAAGGAUUUGGGAACAUCAGACAAAAAGACCAAAUAAAAUGAGUGUUCGGCAGCUCGUCAGUUUGCUUAUCAACGAAACUCGUCACCAAAAUUGCCUUUUUUGACACCUUACAGACUCCGUAGUGAGUAGGCCACAAGGCCAUAACCGCGGAGUCAAUACUGAGGGGGAUCAAUAUCGGCCAGGGGUGCCCCCUCCUCAAAACCAAAUAAUUACAAUUAAAAUGUGAUAUAACCAACAUCGGCUCAUAUUACAUUGUAGUUUUCCGCAGGCAAGACUCAAGUGCACUAAUGAUGGCAAUUUGUUGAGUUCAGCUCUGAUUAGAAUUAUGUUUAGAAGCUAAUAAUUAUUUCAGACAGUGGUGUGUGGCUUCC